AUUCUCGUUCAUAUAUUCCACGUAUACUUUUUCUAGGUGCCUGCGUAUGAAAUGUCAUACGCAGCCAGUGUAUCAAAUAACUCCACCUGCUAUACAUACCCACAGUCACCUCUUACAGAAUCUCUCCCUGUCUCUCUCUCACUGGCUUCCCCACCCUUCAUUGAAGCAAGAUCCCACAAAUACCCCACGAAUUCUCUCCCGCUCUUUCGAAAAGCUCACCAAAUCCAAUGUCCAAAACCGUCAAUUUCCUCUCCGUUCUUCUAUCCCUUUUUCUCUUCACUAUUCCCAUCUUCUCUCAAUCCACGGAAUUCUACUACAGCGGAUUCUCAGACGCCGACAACCUAACCCUCAACGGUGUGGCGGAGAUCCAAUCCAACGGCAUCAUCCGCCUCACGAACGAUACCAGCCGUCUGAUGGGCCAUGCCUUCUACCCCACCCCAAUCCAAUUCAAGAAAUCCACAUCCUCCUCGGCCUUAUCCUUCUCCACAGCUUUCGCUUUCGCCAUCGUCCCCGAAUACCCAAAGCUCGGAGGCCAUGGCCUUGCCUUCACGAUCGCACCAUCCACCGUACUCACGGCGCUUCCCAGCCAGUACCUCGGCCUUCUCAACUCCAGCGAUAUCGGCAACUUCUCCAACCACAUCUUCGCCAUCGAAUUCGACACCGUCCAGGACUUCGAGUUCGGCGACAUCAACGACAACCACAUUGGCGUCGACAUCAACAGCAUGACAUCGAACGCCUCUGUCACCGCAGCCUACUACGAUGACAGCGGCGCGAAGCAGACCAUCACCUUGAAGAGCGGCAUGACAAUUCAGGCCUGGAUCGACUAUGACGGAGUGGGGAAAGUCCUGAAUGUGACGAUCUCGCCCUUCUCGCAAAAACCCAAAUUGCCGAUUUUAACAUUUCCCGUCGAUCUAUCCCCAUUUCUGAAGGAUUCGAUGUAUGUUGGGUUCUCUGCAUCGACGGGUUUGCUCGCCAGCUCGCAUUACAUCUUCGGAUGGAGCUUCAAGAUGGAGGGAAUCGCCCGAUCGCUCGAUCUCUCAUCGCUCCCUUCUCUGCCCCACCCGAAGAAGAAGAAUAUCGCACUGGUGAUCGGCGUCUCUGUUUCUGCGGUAAUUCUCUUGACAGUUUCGGUGUCGGUGGCAAUCUACCUCUUCCGGAAGAUCAAAAACGCUGACGUGAUCGAGCCGUGGGAGCUCGAGUACGGCCCGCACCGAUUCUCCUACAAGGAGCUGAAGAAAGCCACCAAAGGAUUCCGCGAGAAGGAGCUGCUCGGGUUUGGCGGAUUCGGUCGGGUCUACAAAGGAACGUUACCGAAAACGAAGACCCAGGUCGCUGUGAAGCGGAUUUCACACGAAUCCAAGCAGGGGAUUCGGGAAUUCGUGGCCGAGAUCGCCAGCAUCGGACGGCUGAGGCAUCGGAAUCUAGUCCAGUUGCAGGGAUGGUGCCGGAGACGGAGCGAUCUGAUGCUGGUGUACGAUUUCAUGUGCAAUGGAAGCUUGGAUCGGUACAUAUUCGACAACCCCAAAUCGAUCUUGAGCUGGAACCAACGUUAUAAGAUCUUGCGAGGCGUGGCCAGCGGACUGCUGUACUUGCACGAGGAAUGGGAGCAGAUCGUGGUCCAUCGCGAUGUAAAGGCCAGUAACGUGCUGCUCGAUGGCGAGAUGAACGGUCGAUUGGGCGAUUUCGGGCUGGCCCGAUUGUACGAGCACGGGUCCAACCCGGGCACUACCCACGUGGUAGGGACGCUCGGCUAUCUUGCGCCGGAGCUGACUCGAACGGGCAAGGGCACGACGGCGACUGACGUGUUCGCUUAUGGUGCGGUGCUUUUAGAGGUUGCCUGCGGUCGGCGGCCCAUCGAAGCGAAAGCCAUGCCGGAGGAAAUGCUGUUGGUUGAUUGGGUGUGGGAGAAAUGGAGGGCGGGGAUGAUCUUGGAUGUGGUGGACAGUAGGAUGGGUGGUGAUUAUAAUGCGGAAGAGGUGGAGAUGGUUUUGAAACUGGGGUUGGUGUGUUCACACCCUGCGGCUACUGAAAGGCCCACUAUGAGGGAUGUGGUCAGGUACUUGGAUGGGGAAGGUGGCCCACUAGACGUGGUCAGAGAUCAACCGUUGGAUUAUGAUGAAGGGAAGAGUAUGGGGUUCGAUGAUUUCGUGCAUUCGUAUCCGUCGUCUUCGAUGGAGAAGGCUGAGGAGGAUUAUUCCUGUAUGAUCAGCGGCGAGGCGGAGUCCCAGGCCCAGGCCACAUUGUCGCCUAUAUCUCUGUUGUAUGGUAGAGCAGGGGUGGAGUGAAGGUGGGGGCAUACAUGGAUCUGAUCGGAUCAGAUCGGGCCGUUCGGCCAAUGGGCCACGUUGAUCGGUGCGAUCAUGGGGUUGGCUGCUUUCUUAGUUUGAAGGUGGAGAGUAGGCCAAUUUUCUCUCCAAAAUGUGCAUUUCAUUUGUACGCAUUGACGGCCUAGGUGGAUUUUUCGGGAUGAGGUAGAUGCAUGGUGGGGUGGGGCGCCAUGGACGAACGAUCUGGAUCUUCCCCACAUGUGCUACUAGGCACGUGGGAAUGCUGUUUAUUUAGAUUCUCUCGUGUGCUUGUAUUGUAAAUUUUUUUUAUUAGCGAGUGAUUAUGGUAUUGUGGGCUUUAAGGGCUUUAUUUGAUGUACGAUAACUUUUAUUUAAUUGUCAUCAAUUUUGAGGCGUUCCGGGAAUUUUUUUUUUUCAGAAGGGGGUUUGUCAGUUUCGUGCACAGAGCUGUACACGAGCCGACUUAAGCUCAGUUGGGAGGCUCGACUGGAUUCAGAAAAGUUCCAUUCAACUCGGUUCGAAACUUAAUUCAUGCUUAGUCAAGAUGCGAACUCUGCUCAACUCGGAUCAAACUCAGAUUGAACCAGUUAGGUGACUCGGUUA